UUUAAUUGUUUUUUCAAGUUGCAGUCCAGCUGGAGAGUAGUUCUAAAGUAGUGAUUACGGCUGUUGUCUUGAGUGAGUUAUGUCAUGUUAUACUCUUCUAUGCACCUGAGCUGAACCAGUGGGGACAUCUUUUAUGCUGUUUUUUUCUGCUCCGAUUUACAAUCUCCUCCAGUGACAAAUCUGCCAGAUCUGAAGCACACAGAAAAUGGUACCUCAUGCAAAGAUGUCAAAUGUGCUGCCAUUUGUCUUGCUCUUCCCAAUUCCAGUGCUGCUAUCAGGAACUUGGUUUCCCAAAAGUUUACCCUGUGAUGUUAAUACCUUUGAAGGUACUGUGACAGUGGACUGCACCAAUCGGCGUCUCCUGGAAGUCCCCAGAGGGAUCCCUGCAAAUGCUACCAACCUUACCUUAAGUAUUAACCACAUCCCCCAUGUCAAUCCAGCAUCCUUUGCCCAUCUUGUAAACCUCGUGGAGAUUGAUUUCAGAUGCAACUGUGUGCCUAUCAGAAUGGGGCCCAAAGACCAUGAGUGCACCACACAGCCAAAGAUUGAGAAUGACAGUUUUGCUGCCCUUACCAGACUGAAGUCAUUGUAUUUGGAUGCAAACCAACUGUGGGAAAUACCCUGGGGUCUUCCUACUAGUUUAAGUCUGCUGAGCCUGGAAGCAAACCAUAUCUUUUCUAUCCAAAAAGCCAACUUGUCACAGCUAGGAAACAUAGAAGUAUUGUAUCUGGGACAAAACUGUUACUAUCGUAAUCCAUGCAAUGUUUCAUUUGAAAUUGAAAAAACAGCCUUUCUGGAGCUGAAAAAAUUAACAAUAUUAUCCCUGAAGUCUAACAACUUAACUCAUAUUCCACACAAUUUGACAUCUACAUUAAAGGAAUUAUAUAUUUACAAUAACAAGAUUCAAGUGAUUCAAGAACAUGACUUGAGUACCCUUCACAACCUAGAAAUUCUUGAUUUAAGUGGUAACUGCCCACGCUGCUAUAAUGCCCCAUAUCCUUGUAUUCCCUGCCCCAAGAGCACAAUUGAGAUACAUUCAAAGGCUUUUUAUUCCUUGAAAAAUUUAAGAAUUUUGCGACUUCACAGUAACUCUAUUCGGAGCAUACCCAGCAGCUGGUUUAAAAACUUAAGGAAUCUCAAACAGCUUGACCUCUCCCAAAAUUUCCUCAUGAAGGAGAUUGGAGAUGCUCAGUUUCUGAAGUUUAUCCCCAGCCUUGUAGAGCUUGACUUGUCCUUUAAUUUUGAACUGAAGAUGUAUUCUCCAAUCUUGAAUUUGUCUAAGUCUUUUUCUUCCCUCUCUAACCUGGAAACUCUGAGGCUCAGGGGUUAUGUCUUCAAAGAACUGAGAGAACGAAAUCUACAUCCAUUGCUCAGUCUUAGAAAUCUAACAGUUUUGGAUCUUGGGACUAAUUUUAUUAAAGUUGUUGACCUGAGUGUGUUCAAAAAAUUCCCAUCUCUUAAACUCAUAGACCUCUCAGUGAAUAAAAUUUCUCCUUCUUCAGGGGAAAGCAACUUCUAUGGAUUUUGCUCUAAUCCUGGGAUUUCAGUAGAGCAAUACAACAGGCAAGUAUUAGAGGAAAUGCAUUAUUUCAAGUAUGAUGAGUAUGGGCGAAGUUGCAGGUCCAAAGACAAAGAGGCUGCUUCCUACGAAUCUUCAGUCAAAAAAGACUGCCUGGAAUAUGGAGAAACUCUGGAUUUAAGCAGAAACAACAUAUUUUUUAUUAACCCCUCAGACUUCCGGGGACUUAGUUACCUCAGAUGCCUCAACUUGUCAGGUAAUGCAAUAAGUCAGACUUUAAAUGGAAGUGAAUUCUCCUACUUGUCUGGAUUAAAAUACCUGGAUUUUUCUAACAACAGGAUUGACUUGCUGUACUCAACUGCUUUUAAUGAGUUAAAACUUCUAGAAAUUCUAGACCUAAGCAAUAACAAACAUUAUUUUCUGGCAGAAGGUGUCACUCACAUGCUUAGUUUUAUGAAAAACUUGGCCCAUCUGAAGAAGCUGAUGAUGAAUGAGAAUGAAAUUUCUACCUCUACUAACACAGGAAUGGAAAGUCAAUCUCUUCAAAUACUAGAAUUCAGAGGAAAUCGUUUAGAUGUUCUAUGGAUGGAUGGGAAUGCUAGAUACUUGUCAUUCUUCAAAAACCUGACUUGCCUGGAAGAACUGGAUAUUUCUUUCAACUCUCUUAGUUUUUUGCCUUCUGGUGUUUUUGAAGCUAUGCCUCCAGAACUCAGAGUCCUCAACUUAACUAAUAACCGGAUGAAGAGUUUCAAAUGGGAAAACCUGCACCAUCUAAAAAAACUAGAAACUCUGGACCUCAGUAAUAACCUUCUGGCUACUGUUCCCCAAGAACUGUCCAAUUACUCUUCAACAAUCCAAAACCUGAUUCUUCGAAACAAUCACAUUCAACGGCUGAGCAAACAUUUUCUCAGAGGUGCUUUUAAAUUGAAAUACUUGGACCUCAGCUCAAACAAGAUCCAAAUAAUUAAGAAAUCUAGCUUCCCUGAAAAUGUCAUUAACAACCUGAAGGUGCUGCUGUUGCAUGGCAAUCCUUUCAAGUGUAACUGUGAUGCUGUGUGGUUUGUUUGGUGGAUCAAUCAGACUCAUGUGACUAUUCCUCUUCUGGCCACAGAUGUGACCUGUGCUGGCCCAGGAGCACAUAAAGGAAUGAGCGUGGUUUUCUUGGAUCUGUACACCUGUGAGCUGGACACCUCAUAUUUGAUCCUGUAUGCUCUGUCAGCUUCAACCGUCCUAGGCCUUAUGGUGUUCACAGUGAUGAGCCAUCUCUAUUUCUGGGAUGUGUGGUAUAGUUAUCAUUACUGCACUGCCAAGUGGAAGGGCUAUCAGCAUUUACCUUCACCAGAUGCUUGCUAUGAUGCCUUUAUUGCCUAUGACAAUGAAGAUCCAGCUGUGAAUGAAUGGGUGAUGGAAGAACUGGUUGAAAGGCUGGAAGAUCAAAGAACCAGACAGUUCAACUUAUGCCUAGAAGGAAGGGACUGGCUCCCAGGACAGCCAGUCUUUGACAACCUUUCCCAGAGCAUUCAGCUGAGCAAAAAGACCAUAUUUGUACUGACCAACAAGUAUAUUAAAAGCGGCAACUUCAAGACAACAUUUUACAUGGCCCACCAGCGGCUUCUAGAUGAAAAAAUAGAUGUCAUUAUCUUGAUAUUUCUUGAGAAGGUUCUGCAGAAGUCCCGGUAUGUUCAGCUGAGGAAGAGGCUGUGCAGAAGUUCUGUCCUGGAAUGGCCAACUAACCCUAGAUCUCAGCCCUACUUCUGGCAGUGCCUGAAAAAUGCAAUAGCUAUGAACAAUACCCUGGCUUACAACAAGCUUCUCCAGGAAACUGUUUAGCUCUGCCCUUCCCUGUAAAUAUUGUUAUGAUGCAUGAUGUGAAAAAUAUCCUGAACUUCAUUUGGAGAAGCCAUCAAAGUGUAGAGGAUAAAUGUUAAUUGAUAUUGUACCCAAAAA